UUCUUGUUCAUCGCAGUUAUAUUGCUCUGGUAACGUUCGCGUCCGGUGCUCAGUGUUUUAUUGAAAUUCAUUUUCGUCAAGUCUCUUUCAUUUCUUCGAUUUGCGUUCACGAUUACUUAUCAUAAUUUCGUAUUUGCUCAAUAGAUUUAUACAAUACAUAAACUAGCUAUCUUUCUUCCGUUUCUGGCACGACGUACGAUAUUAUUACCAUGGUGUCGUGCGUAGUGUCAAUAUUGCUGACCACGGCGGCUUGGUGCAUAUCCGCCAGUGCCCUUGCCGUCCCGGAGAUUAUGACCGCAACCGUGUUAACGAACGGCUCGUCGGUGACCGCAGACUGGACUACACCGUCUGUGACCUUUACAGCAGAAGCCACCGAAUCUUCACCGACCAUAGUUGUGUACAAUAGUAGCAGUGCUGACGACGACAACAGAGACUCCAGGUUCCUGAGUUUCUCAAUGGGCUCAGACCAGGCGGCCGGAACCGCCACCAAUUCGCUAUUGCAAGAAAAACAGGACGAGCCGACCACCGACCCAAGCGCCCAUCUAGUCGACAUUUACACUGACUGUCUGAUGCAGCUAUCGUUCCCAUGUGUCCAACGCAAAUUACUGUUGUUCCUCGACAAACUUGGCAGAAUGAAAGGAUUCAGUGUUCUGGGUGAUCUGCUAUCGGUGGUCAGGAUCAAAAGGGACAUGCGACCACCGCUGAACGAGACUGACUUGAUGGCCAGAUUAAACACUGUUGAUGAACAAAGCGCUCUAUCUGCGCUCAUGGUGCACACCCUCGACCGUUUUAUCGGGUCACACAUACUCCGCGUAACUUUGCCAUCUGGGAUUACAGCAGCGCUUAAAGGAAACGCUCGAUCCAUCGCCGGCAACACUUUAGACAUAAACUUGUCUAGGGCUAUUGGAGAAGGGAGAGGAAAGAAUAAAAAGUACAAGAAAAUGAUGCACAUGAUGAUGAUGGGGCUAAUGGGUAAAAUGGCGCUUAUGGGUCCGCUCAUGAUGUUGAUGAUCAAAGUGAAGGCCAUUAAAGCGCUGCUUUUGAGUAAACUCGCACUUCUGUUGAGUUUAGGACAGAUGAUGAAGGGCAAAAAAAGCGGUGCAUCUGGCAAAGAAGUGAUCAUCGUACAUGAUAACCACGGGGGAGGCGGAGGCGCGGAAUACGGUGCUGGAACUGCAGCCGGAUGGGUGUCCGGUCACACAGCAACAGGUUGGUCGACGGGCGGAGGUGGUGAUAGCUACUCGGCGGGAUCACACAUCGGCGGUGGUGACAACACGUAUGCCGGCGGCCAAGACUCCUAUUCAUCAGGCGCAGGAAUGCCCAGUGGCUGGGCGGGCGUCAACGGACAUGGCGGUAGCGGCUGGGCGAGAAAGUCCAUGGUGCACGAACCACAUUGGGUGGCUUACCGAGCUUAUAUUCCUACACCCGAAGACGACCAUGCCAACGAAAAAUGACUCGACAAUCUAGACUAAAACAUAUGACCUAAUGCAUAUUAUAUUAUUGUAGCGUAUAACGUACAUCAUAUUAUUAUGUACGUGUUAUUCGCGAUUACGCAAAGUAUAAACGACAUUAUACAUAAGUUAUUUAUUUUAUUAUUUUUAAUGGUCAAUCUGUGCGUGUAUGAUAUAUGUAGUAUGUACGAUUUGGAUGAUACGGGAAACUUGCAAAUACGAACCACGGGUGUUGGAAAUUUAGUGAGCCGUGUAGUACUUCAACAAAAAUAUCCUUUUCGUCAUGCCCCAUAUAUUAUUUUAAUUUAAUAUUACGCACUUUUGUGACCACGUCGAUUAGUAUUUAUUUUAUAUUUAUUUGUAAAUAUUAUUUUUUUAUCUAUAUACUCUCAAUAUUUAUUAUUUAUUGAA